AUGAUGAACCCGGCGAUGCUGAGCUGCGGGCUGUCGCUGUCGCUGUCGGCGGGCGGCGGGGGCGGGGUGUCGGGGGGGCUGUCGGAGCCCAACCCGCUGACCCUGGCGCUGCGCAACGACUUGGGCUCCAACAUCAGUCACCUCAAGACCCUGAACCUGCGCUUCCGCUGCUUCCUGGCCAAGGUGCACGAGCUCGAGCGCCGCAACCGGCAGCUGGAGAAGCGGCUGCAGUCGGCGCUCGAGCCCCGGGCCCGCCGCCUGGGCCGGGUCCGCCAUGUGGCCACCCAGACGUCGUGCGACCUCCCGGGGCCCGGCGCCGGCCCCUACCCGCCGGGAGGCCCGGGGCCCGGCGCCUACCCGCAGCCCGGGGGGCCCGGCGCCUACCCGCACUCCGGGGCUAACUACACCCCGGGCUCGGGCGCCGCCUCGGCCUCGCUGGCCCACCACUACCCGAGCCGCCUGCCCGGCACCAUCUGGAGCUUCACCCACAUCAGGAAGGUGGGCGGCGGCCUGGAGACCCUGCAGGGCCCCGGCGUGUCGUGGACCCACCCGGACGGGGUCGGGGUGCAGAUCGACACCAUCACCCCCGAGAUCCGCGCCCUGUACAACGUCUUGGCCAAAGUCAAGCGCGAGCGCGACGAGUACCGGAGAAAGUGGGAAGAAGAGCACAGUCUAAGGCAACAUCUGCAAGAGAUAGUGUCUGCAUUACAAGUGGAUGCUCAAGAAGCUGACGCCAUUCAAGAGGAGCUCAGUGAGAAAGUGGACAAGUUGAAGUCCGAGCUAGUUGUGUUUAAGAGCCUGAUGACUGAUCAAAUGUCCGAUUUGGAUACAAAAAUUCAAGAGAAGGCUAUGAAAGUUGAUAUGGAUAUCUGCCGGAGGAUUGACAUCACAGCCAAGCUGUGCGAUGUGGCCCAGCAGCGAAACUCUGAAGACAUGAGCAAGAUGUUUCAGGUGGCGACAGUCAGCAAGAAGAAAGAGAAGAAAAUAGGGACUGAUGACGAGAGCUCGGAAACGGACGGUGAUACCACACGGCAGUCCGAUGAUGAUGUCAGCACAUCACUUAAUAUAACCGAUGAAAUGAAGAGAAUGCUAAACCAGCUGCGAGAAACAUUUGAUAUUGAGGAUGACUGUGACAGUUUGAGCUGGGAAGAAAAUGAAGAAACGUUGCUGCUUUGGGAAGAUUUCUCAGAGUGCGCAGUGGAACCUCCAGCAGAGGAUGAAACUAUAGAAACCGUUAUUGAAGAAACAGAAUCGCUCUUCAAAACUAGAGAGAAAGAAUAUCAAGAAACUAUUGAUCAAAUAGAGCUGGAGUUGGCAAGUGCCAAGAGUGACAUGAAUCGGCACCUGCAUGAAUACAUGGAGAUGUGCAGCAUGAAACGUGGCCUUGAUGUGCAGAUGGAAACCUGUCGGCGACUCAUUAAACAGUCGGGAGGCAGAAAAUCCCCAUCAAUCAGCUCUGCAGCGAGCAGCGACUCAGGGAACACAGAUGAAAUCAUGGACGAGCUUGAGAGAGAUGGGGAAGGUGACAGCUCAGUGAGCUGAUGAAUGGGAAAACUUAUGAGACGGACUUUCAACCUGGCUUGUACUGAUACAAUGACCUUUGACCCAAUUGUGCCAGGAAUGAGGGCCUUAUUUUAUGUGCUUGCAUCAAAGCCCUGAGGAUUGGUGCUGUACAUUUGUAUAGUUGUACAGAAUGCUAUCUGACAGAAUUGAAAGGCACAUAGGACUCCCAACUGGUGCAGCAAUCCACCACUGUGUUUAUUACUAUGCAAGUGAAGAGCCUGUGUCUCUGAAUAGAGAACUCUUUGGACUUUCAGAAAGAAUAUUAGAAGUGUCUUUUGAAAAUGAGUAGUGUCUGUUACAUAGAUGGUUUAUUUACAGGCUGGUUAAUAUGACAGUUGAGAUUGUAAUAUAUAUAAUCUGAUCAAACCUACCCCCCACAACUGAUAGCAGAUCCUGAAACUGUCCGGCCAGGUUUGGUGCAUUCCGUCCACUUGUGUGGAUAUUAACAGCCUCAUAAUUUCUUGUACCCUGUGUUGCCAAAGGGCUGCACUUGUAUUACCGCAGCCUCAUAUAUAGAGUGCUCAGGCAAUGGGUGACAGCUACCAAUCUGCUGUCGGGGCUCCGAGCAGAUAGUUGCUGUAUUUGGAAAGUCAUCAUCCAGAAUCAGUCUUAUGAUCUUAAGCUGCUUAUCUGUGUUAAUUUAGGUUGAAGUAGUUUCUCAGGUCGAAUUAUUCAAUUACCUACAACUCUUCUCUUUCUCUCUCCCCCCCCCC